UGAAAAAGAAAAAAAGCAAGUUAUGGAAUGCUUGGAACAAAACUCAAGAUUUCUUGUUGAGGCAGAGUUUGAUUUGUUUGUCACUUAGUCAUUUGUACAUGUAAUGAAAGUAAAUAAUAUAAAUAAAGACGAGCAUAAGAAAAUUCUUUAAAAACCUUAGUGAUCCCCACACUUUUGAAAGCCAUUGUGUGUGUGUAUACACACAAACACACUUUUAUAUUAUUAUAUCAAUAAUUAGUUUUUAAACAAUGGCUGACAGUGUAAAAUACUUUAGAAUAGUAACAAAACAAAUAAGCUCCUCUCUGUUCUUUUAGUAAGAAUGCAGUACUUGCAAGUUGACCGAUUCAUGAGCAUACAUGUGUUGUGGCAGUGAGUCAGGGGAGACAGGUCACCGGUCUGAGGGAGUAAUUGAGAGCGGGCGGGGGGUGGAAAAUGCCAUGUGUUUUUCCAAUGCUUUAGAGAGCAAGGAUGUGUAAGAGAUCGAGGAUGAACGAGAGAGUUCAAGCUCUCCCAACUGUAAUUAUGUUUAAAAUAUAUUCUACGCAAAACAAUGAUGUGUCGUCUCCCCCUCCCUACUGCACUCUCUCUCUCUCUCUGCUUUAUUUGCCAUCUGCUGUUCUAAUCAGACAGAAGAGCUUUUCUGUGCAGCGGUGUGGAAGUGGAGCUCUUUCUGCAGGAGACCUGAGCCAUGCCAAACACAGACAGCUACAGGUCACACUCUCUGAAUGCUUCAGGGGGAAUCAGUCUGCAACGGAGAGACGAUCAGUGUAUGAAGUGACUCUCUUAUCUUUUACGGUAAGAUUUUUCCUCCUUUACCUCUUAAUCUCAGUUUUCCUGUGUCACCUGUUUUCCUCAGUUUUCCUGUGACACCUGUGUCUCUGUUGUGUAGAUUACCUUUAAAGACUGGUAAAAUGCAGACAAGUGCUGUCUGAAAAUACAACUAAAUCUUUAGCAGCUGUGUGGAUUUGAAAAAGAUUGGAAAGAGCAACAAGUCUGUAGGGAGAGAGAAUACAUGUCCUGUUUUCCUCAGACUUCUCUGAGCGUUAUUGACAGUGUGCUUCUGGAAGAUCAAAAUGAUUAGCGUUCAAGCUUUCGUAUGGUGCUGACUGCCGAGUAAUUACAGCGUGCAUGUGUAGCGUACAGGGUCACCACUCAUCCACACAAGUCCAAUGUGGUGAUAUUGAUUGAGUGAGUUAAUGGUCUUCAAACAAACCAAGGUCAAAAAAAGGCAUCUAUUAUAAAGAAACUAAAAAUAAAUAAAUGUUUAAAAAUACAGAAAAUAAAUAAAAUAAAAGUGCAAAAUAAUCAUGCAGCACUGUUUGAUCAUGGCAGAUAUCAAAACAGUGAAGACUGAAUAAAUAAUUGUUUAUUACCUCAAAAUUAUAUCCAUUGGGCUGUAAUGCUGUUCAUUUAUAAUAACUUGAGAGAAUCUAAGAACUUUUUUCUUGGCAAGCAGAUAUAUGGAUGUAAUGUCAAUUGGAAAUUUCUCUUCAACUCAUUCACAUAAUCCUGCUUUAGAUACCUAGUUUUGAAGAGAAAAAAAUAGAUACAAAGCAAUCAAGGCGGAUAAAUAAAAAGCUGUUCUUGCACUCAAUAACCUGGUGCUUUUCCCCUCUAGAUAAAUCUGCUUUUCCUAACACCAUGAUAAAGCAGGGCAAUUGUACUUGAAUACAAAAGAUAACUGAAAUUACAAAAGAGAAUAUAACCAUAAAAAAGCCACCUUGUGUGUUACCUACAAAACCAUUCUCAAAUGUUAAUUACUACAAUAUGAAAGACAAAUUAGACAGAAAGGAACAGCAUAGAACACGUUCAAAUCAAAGCUGUUUUAUAUAUAUAUCUCACACACCUGUCCUCAGCCAGUGUUUUCUGAUUAAAUCCUUUUGACAAAGCACUUCAAUUCAAAAUCAAUCUCAAAAUCUCAAUCUCAGAAACCAUCACCUGAAGUUUUCCCAUUUCUUUAAAAACAUGCUUUUAUGCCAGAAGCAAGCCCAUUACUAAUCUAUUAAGUCCUUGUUGUACUACAUUCAAGGUCAGAAUUGAUCUAAAUGAAUGCCCCCCUCCCCUCUCUAUGCUUCCAGAUCCUUCAAAACCAUUGCAUGUUGUCUCACACCAGCCUACAUCUUCAAACUGUGCAUGCAUAAGGGCCUGAGCUUCAACCUAAAAAACAAACUCAACAUGACUAUCACCAUUCAGAACAUCACAACCACCUCUGCCAUCGUCAGCUGGCCGUCAUCUCCAGGCUGCGUGGACACGUUCUACAGCGUCAUGUAUCACCCUAACUGGAACAGCCUGCUGAUGGGUUACACGCGCAAGAGCUUCCUGCGGGAGGACAGGGUUCCCGUGAGCCAGACGUCCACCAGUCUGGGCAACCUCAGUCCACAGACCACUUACAUCCUCUGCGUCACCUGCCAGUCUGCCAACCCCACCAGAGAGCAGUGCCAGGUCUUCAGUACCCUAGAUGAGGGCACUGAGCUCGGAGAGAGCGGCAGGGAGCUGGCGAUGGGUGUCUGGCUGGCCAGCAGCAUCCUGUUGCUGAUCAUUGCUGUGGCUCUCCUUUGGGGAUGUCUCCACACCAUGUGUCCAGCGAAGAGGGACCCAGAAAGAGGCAGCCAGUCAGGUUCGAACCCUCCACACCUGGCUCUGACCCCCAUGGGUGGGAACAUGGGAAGCGAAGGAAGAAAAAGUCUGUACACGCCCGGUUUUGGUGGGGAAGACUCUCAGAACGCAACGGUGAUUGAGAAUCCUUUCCGAGCCGAGCACAGCAGAGAAAUGGCGAAUGGGCAGGGUCGUGAACUUUGAACACCAAGUAAUAAACAGAAAUUUGGCCCCGGGUCAGAAUAACUAGGACACCAGAUUAUUACUUUGAUGCACUGACCCCCAAAAUUCAAACAAUUAGAACUUACACAAUGAGGACAAAUCGCCGGGGUUGAAACAAGUUUGAGGAAAGGAGACUCUGACAGUCGAACUGGGCUGACGGGGUUAAAUUAGCAUUUAAAUGUCAGAUGAAAACAUAACUAACAUAUUAAACAAGAAAACUAAAGGAGGCCACUUGGCUUAUUUUUUGGUAUGCCUUUACAAUGGUUCAAUUUGUUGACAUGAGUUAAAGCAACUAAUAGUACCAAAUGUUCCAAUACACACAAGAUUCACAUCAGAAGCAUAAUUUAUUUUAUAUAUUUACUUAUAUUUCUACAUUUGCAUUUGCAUUUAUUCAUUUAGCAGACGCUUUUAUCCAAAGCGACUUACAUUGCAUUCAAGUUACAGUUUUUACAUUUUAUCAGCUCUUGCUUUCCCUGGGAAUCGAACCCAUGAUCUUGGCGUUGCUAGCGCCAUGCUCUACUAUUUGAGCUACAGGAAAGUGACCCACAUUCUACAUAAUGUGGGUCACCCAUCAACCUACAAUGUUGGAAUCGUGUCUGUAGAGUACAGUGUCAGUAUAAAGUUGAACACCACUGCCAUAUUGGUUUUGCAAGGCAAAAAAAGAACCACCAAAACAUUAAAUUGCUUAGUGCAGCUUUACCUUCAAUGGAUAUAGAAGUGUUGAUUUUAAUGUCUUUGUGAGUUGAUACUCUAUCUGUUUUGUGUUAGUUGCAUUGAAAUCCUACUAUGCUUGAAAUGUACUUUGCCUACCUAUCUAUCUUGCUUAAUAAAAAAAAAAAACAUUUCCCUGUAUGUUAUGGUUUGUGAGAGUUAAUGGUCCAGUUAAUUCUGGAGUUGUAAUAGAUGUCGGUGUGACAUUUAAACUCAU